UAAAAAAAAAAUCGAAUAUUUUUACGGUUGCACAGGAGAAAGCGCGAGCUCUCUCAAUCUGCAACGACCAAAUCUUCACAUAUUUUGCUGAAAAUGGGCUUGUUGACGAUAUUGGAAGGCUUUUUGCUUCUUGCAAAUGCAUUGGCAAUAUUAAAUGAGGAUCGCUUUCUCGCACCCAGAGGAUGGAGUUUCUCGGAAUUCUCUGCAGGGCGGGCAAAGUCAUUUAAAGGGCAGCUUAUUGGUCUCAUUUAUGCGACACAAUACAUGAGAGUUCCUCUCAUAUUACUCAAUGCAAUCUGCAUUGUUAUAAAGUUAGUUUCUGGUUGAUGCUAUUCUAGGUGAGAUGUUUAUGUCUGUGACUGAUGAUUCCAUGAAUUUUCUAUUAGGUUCUCAACCCAAGGCCCCCUUUGUUUUUUUGUAUCGGAGGACAUGCUUAUUACUUGGUGAUACAUAGGGGUGGGGUUAGGCAUCCCUUGUUUGUAGGUUUUGUUUACUGAUUUCCAUAAAUCGACAUGGAUUUAAAAUAGUGCCAUCAUUAGAUGAGUGUCAAAACAUAAGCACUCUGAUCGUAGUUAUUUCUAAAGUUGGAGAAGCUAUUAAUUUGUUGACUGUAUGGUGAAAAAAGAAACUCUUGGAUUAAUUUGUUAGUUAGUGUUGUUGAAAUAUACACCAGAUACUUGGAAGUAAGUGACCAAUGCUUUCAAAAGUUUCUCUUAAGCAUAACCGGAGUCGAAAUAAAAUCCUUUAAUACUGCAAGUUCUAUCAUGUAUUACAUGAUCCAAAUGU